AUGACGGUGAUCGUCCUGUUCACCGGCCUCCGAGUACCAACGUACGUCCGCUACGGCGGAGCUCUGCUGCCGUGCUCCAUCUACCGCAAGCAGAUAGACACGUGCUAUCAGUGCGGUCGCCUGGGGCAUCGCGCAGACGUAUGCCCAAACCCGAACGACCGCCUGUGUCGCGGUUGCGGAGCAGCCAACCCUGCGCAAGAUCACCAAUGCAAGCCCAAGUGCCAGCUCUGCGGCGGCAACCACCCGACGGCCGACAAGGCGUGCAGGGCACGCUACAAGACGCCGUACCUGGUGAAACGCCGCCAAUGGGAGCGGCAACAAGAAGAAGACUACCCGACAAAGCCAACGCUCGUCAACACCAACCUAGAGCAGCGGGACCCUACUCCCUCCCAGAAACCCGGAGGAAGAGGCCGGUCGAGGUCCCGCAACCGAUCCGGUGGAAGACGCCCGUCGAGGUCCCGCACCCGAUCCCCGUCUCGGUCAAGAACCCGGAGCCGCACGCCUGUACCUGCUGGACCCUUCAAGGCGCCUUUCAGCGAAGCUUAA